AUGCCACCAGAGGGUUUAAGAACAAACCAAAACGGCAACGUAAGAUACAUCUGUCAACCGGCGACACUAAAUCAGCAGCCUCAGAACACUUACUAUGCCACAAUGUUUGAUGAACAUUUGGGAAUUGCAGUGUUUUCAGCCUACACCCUAACACAGCAAACAUUAAAUUUUGUACAAAGGGAUGCAUACGAUUGGUGUCCAACCCCAGGUAAGCUAUUCAGUGAAAAGUAAAAUACCUUUCUGCUAACAUGAUGUAGGGAAAAAAAAGAAAAAAAAUAUCAUGAGCCGUAUUUCACGACUAUUUAAUUUGGCGAUUUGUAAGGAUUUGUUGGGAUUUUAAGAGGAUUUUUAGGAAUUUUAUUUUUCACGAGUAUUAAGUGAGAACUAAGGUAGAACUUGAACCACUUAACUACCAGGGAACCCGUGCUGGCAAAUUUGAGUGGUUAGGAGCGUUAUCUUUCUGGAUUGUUGUUAUUGCUGGUUGCCGGUUCUUCGAUCGCUAUGCUGCAAAUAUUGUGCGGUCGAUCCCUAGUGGUGUAAAUAUGCUCAAUUUUAAACAAGGGCAAUCUUCAAUCUUCAAAUGCAAUCUUUGUUUUUUUCACACCAUAUAAGGCAUUUACACAAGGGUACGUAAGGAGGAGAACAAAGUAGCUGAUAAAUAAUCAUUAAGCUAAAAGACAUUAAGUUCAUUUGUGUACAGUGUCCAAAGUAGUAAUAGCUUUCUUGUUGGACACCGUCAUGGUCAGAUAAUUGGUAGCAGCAAGAGAGGAAAUAAAAGCUCAAAUGAUAUCAGUGAUAGAACAUAUAAGCAAAGCUAAGAUCAGAUUUGAUUGAUUAGAAGAUAGCACUUCCAUUCUUUCUUAAACUCAUGAUAUGGCAGAGACUUGAGGCCAAGUAGUCAGUACAGUUUCCCAGAUUUUUGAAGCAGAGAAUUUAAAGGACAUCUUUAGUUACCUAGUACUUGAUUCCUGUAGCAUUUUUGCUGGACACGUGAAGAACGGCUGAGCCGAUCACAGGGCGCAGCGGAAUUAUUUGUGAUAGCAAGCGAAGCGAGAAUUUUACUGCAAUCUGACAUUUGUAGAUUGCAGACUGCAGACUGCAGACUGCAGGCCGGCAAGACUGUAAAUUGAAUGAAACCAAAAAUAUCGUAAUAAAGGUGGCGUCGCCAUCAACAUUACCUUGUUCCCAGCUUAUAAAAAAAAUGAGAAGUAAGGCCAAGAAGCGAAGUUUAUAUGUUGCACGCAAAUUUAUACAUCGACCUCAUUGCCAAAGGAGCUGUUGGCUGUUCUACUCGUAUUGAAAGAGCAGAAUAAUGUCUGCCGAUGUCACAAACUCGCUUAUAAAUCCAUUGCAACAGUCUAGCAAUUUAGCCUGCUGCACAGAUGCAACUAAACUCUGGUUAAGUGUGUCUGCGAAACAGCGCCAAAAUCCAUAUUCUACCGGGGCCCAUCCUGUGUACCAGAUUUGAGUACAAGCAAGAGCCAUAAUGGCUCUUGGUACGAGCAAUGAUUGGCCGGUUAAAAGAGCCAUUGUCGAUUUGCCUUGUUCCGAGGCUACUUUCUCCUGGUAUGCAGUCUGCAGUCUGCAAAUGUCAUACACCGGAACACGACCUAUCAAACGGUCAUGCGAUCGUGUUACAAACCUGGUAAAAUAUUAUCUAAUGCUCAGUGGGAACGAAAGUCGCCCGAAGGGAACACAUUCGGAAAGCAAAGCUUUCCGAGCUAGGCACGGAAGUGCCGAGAAGAAAAAGAGACUCUUUCGUCCCCAGUCAUUACUUUCAGCGGUUUUCCUGAGCAUUAGAUCUUUGCUAGGUUGAUAAGAAGAUCGAAUGACGGUUUGCUUGAUUCUACAGUGCAAAAACAAAGGUGAUGCGUGGUAUUAACCGUAAAAUUUAACUAUAAUCAACACAAUCUCGACCCAGAGCUUCUCUGCGCAUGUAGAGGAGAUAGAUCAAGAGAGCUUACGUGCGCAUUCCCAAACCCGUAAGCACUGGGGUCGAGAAUGCAAUCAACAAUCAAGGCUACAAAUAACUCCUCUGCACCCUGUGAGCCGCAGAAUUAAUUGACCGUUUAGAAUUAAAACGGCUCAUAAAAAUAGGGCCUCUGAAUUGGGCUUGCCUUUGUUACGUCGCAGCUGAAACAUUUUUGACUGAGAAAAUACGGAGAAAAGAAAAAAAAAUGAGUGAUUUAUUAUUCUUGUGAUUUUACAUCAUAUGACGUCAGUAAGGAGUUUUAAUCGAUAGCAACACGAUGACAGAAGAGAAAGUGUCACUCACACUGAGCGGAUGCAUGCGCGUUCGGGAUUAUUCCAACUCUCUCAAGUGUUGGUUUAAUUGUUAUAGACUAUGUUUAAGUUCAGAAUGACAAAGAAAAAUUCUCCGCCGUGUGGCUACGUCCUCCAUACUCACUACAACGUCGCAUCACUGCCAUUUCACCUUGUAGUCGUGCAAUGGUGACAGAGAAACGCACUAAAAGUGUCGUUGCCCUUUUCAUGACUAAAAACUCUAAUCAACAACCAUAGUAUCUUUCAAGUAAACUUUGAUCUAUUUACUAUCUAUCCUUUAGGUCUCCUGACUAACACAUUUUCAUAGUGGCAUAGUGCCUAGUUGUGAGUGGAAUGUGUAGGUAGAUAAACUUUGAACUAUUCUUGAUAGCAAAUUAAUUUUAAUUCUUUUCUAAAAUACAAAGGAAUCCAGAGACAAGGUAGCAAGCUGCUAUACCAGGGUCAAGGAUAUGACAGAGGUCAUUUGGUCCCAGGACAUACAUUUUCUAGUACCAUCAAUCGAUUUAUUUCCACCUACACAUAUACAAACGCCGUGCCACAAUUUCCAUAUUUUAACAGAGGUAGGUGGAGCAGGAUUGAGGGGAGUAUACGAGGUUAUGCGCUGCGGUGUACCGGCACUUUGUAUCUUUUAACCGGCACUGCAUUUACUCAGGUUUGGAAAAUCGACGGUGGGCUUCAACCAGUUUUUCAACCAAUUGACCGACUACACGUAGAUGGGAAUGAUCCUCCCGAUAUAGUGUAG